UGGGAAGAAGGAACUACAUAGAUCAUUAUUCCAUGUCUAUAUGUCUCAUGGCAAUAUGGGCAAUUUCAGAGGCCACUUGGCAAACGUUAUCUUCUCAAUAUUAAGAUAUACCUGUAUUCAUAUCCCGAGAUUAGGGUAGCUUUACAUCCCUGUUCACCACCACUAUGAAUGAGAUAGAACAAUUAAUCUGUCAGAUUAAUGAUAUUUUGCAGGGGGAAAAAAGCGUUGGCCAAAGCCUGCACUCACUAGGUGCGUGAAAAAUGUAAACAAAUAAUGCCUGCAUACACUGCAGGUGGCCCUGUCAGUGUAGCCACUGAUGAGCAGUGUUGGCACUCCUCCGUGUCCACUCAUCUGGCAGAGUUCAGAUACGGUGGGAUUAUGGGAAAACUACCUACACUAGACUUCAUCUUCAUUACCUGCAGAGUUCAUACCUCCUCAAGGAUUUUACAACUAAAUAUUUGUAGCUGAUCCAUUCUUAAUACCAUGUACUAUGUUUAGUGUCUGACUGAAUUAGGUCUUUUGCUGAGAAAAUGUAAAUAAAAUUAGUUAAAAAAUCUAAUAACAGCAGCCCUUAGCAUGAGUAAGAAACAAAAACUUUUAUUAAUUUUAAUAAAUACCUGUAUUCUAUCAAAUGUAGGGGGAAAAAACGUGAUAUUAGUGUCAUAUAUUGCCGAAUCAACCAAUCUGCUUUCUAACUACCUGCACUACAAAAAAAAAAGAUCAGCUGGCCAGUAGUGACUGAAUUGAUUUUUUGUUAUUGAAGGUUACAGACAGUUCUGAUGUGAAUUUUGAGUCAAACAUGUUCCAGGGUUACAACACAAAAGGUGCCUUAACAGCUGCCUACAUUUAAAAAAAACAACUUUGAAAUAUUGACCAAAGAAAUUGAUUUUAGGGAAGUCCUAAAGAGGUUUCCAUCCAGAUGCUGUUACAUGAACUGCAGCCCUGAUAUCCCUUUAAUCUUUAUGUUUGAGCUUCGCAGUACAAACCACUUCAUGAAUCCAAUCCCUGUACGGUCUCUUGAUACUUAUUUGCACUUUACUCGAGUAUUAAUUUUGAGGGAACCCACUUACUUUGACUUCUAAUGGAUAAAUAUGAUCUUUUUGACUCCACUUCAUUUCUAAAGAUGUUUUUGUUGCACGCUACUUCAGCUGAUGGCGUUCCUUUUCUUAAACAUGAUCCCAAAGGCAAUAAACUGUGUUGAUGUAGUUCUGUGUUUAGUUUGUCAGAGUGGUGCUGUUGUCUAUGGUUCAACAUGGAUGUACAGAUACACAGGUACAGGAACAGGUACGCAGAGCAAACGUUGCUUGAAUCAGGCAGUUCCUUUAGCGCAGUGGUUCUCAAAUCCAGUCCAGGCCCACUGUCCUGCAUGUUUUGGAUGUUUCCCUGCUCCAACACACCUGAUUCAAAUGAUUAGCUCAUUAUCACACUCUGUAAUGGCUUAAUAACAAGCUAAUCAUUUAAAUCAGGUGUGUCGGAGCAGGGAAACAUCCAAAACAUGCAGGUCAGUGGGCCUCGAGGACUGGACUUGAGAACCACUGAUUUAGUCAUGAUAACUAUGAGUACAGAGAGGGAUGAUGAUUUUUCACCUGGGCACGAAUGUUCUUGUCUUCAGCCGAUGACAUGUAUGAUUUGCAAAAAAAUUAGUUGUUCCUGUUAUUUUGGAGCUGUAAAUCCAAACUCUGUGGAAUUUUAGUUUUAAAAAUGUUUUCUUAUUUAAGAUAAUAGACCAAUAUAAACACUUGUGUAUUCUUAACUUCUCAUUCACAUUUUCUAAAAUACAUUUGAACAUUUUCUAUGAAGUAAUUUGAAUAUUUCUACAAAUUUGAUUUAAUAAAGCAUAUGAAAGAGCACAUGUAACUUUUAUCAUGCUAAUAUCUGACCAGGAGUAUCUGCCCUUCAGCUGAAGAGGUUAUGAACUUUGUCCACCACUGGGGAUCUCCACCUCAUUCUGAAAAUGACUGCGGGGCUGUGCAAAACUAUUAUCACUCCAACAGUACCAUCUUAACCAUCUCAAAAUCAACAGCUGUGCAGAUUCGGUUUCGCGUAAUGCAAUCAAAGAAGUCCAUGACCAUACAAAACAAUAAACACGAGCAAUAAUCCGAAUAAGCGUGCAGUCAAGGGGCAGGGAAAGCUUGCUGUCAAGUGCAUGUGUGUCAUAUGGCAGCAGUGGAUUAGUGAACCGACGUGAAGAGCAAAUGGAGGCUGCACCGAUUCCAUUGGCUGGCCUGGUCGUCACUCAACAAUGGCAUAUUAUAGGUUACCCGUGAGAGACGUCAAAAGGGCAAGAUAAUGAGCUUUGCAGUAUGCAACCGUACCCUUUAAGAAGUCUUAAUGUUUUCAUGAAAGAAUACGGCAUCUGGUCAUUGAAUUCACGUGAACGUCAGCCGAAAUGUCAGCUAGCGCCACAGAUAAUUGCAAAAUAUGGCUGACCAGUGUCUACAGCCCAGCUGUUCCUUGUAUGCACCCUAGCCCCGGCAGCUAGCACUGCUCACAACUUUACCCCGUAAUCCAUUUCUUCAUGUUAUUCUGACAUGCAAGGGAGCAAAAUACUGCUGUUUAAGCAGCGUUAAAAACAAGUUACCUACUUCACUGCGAGUGUGAUGUGACGCUGAGAAAAUAUGUAAGGUUGGUGACAUUACAUUUGCUGGACAUACGAGUGCGGCGACUACAAGACAGUCACGAAGAAUCUUGUGAUUAAAUGGGAAUAUUGUGACAAAAGACAGCUACAGAUUAAGUGACAGUUGCCAUCGAGUUGACUUUUUGCUGUCAACGUCGGGGAGAAGUGAGCAGUCAAACAGUCAAACAGCAAGGUUAGCUGGACCACCGACCUUUAGCUAAUCAGCUAAGUUAGCCGAGUUAGCCGCCGUAAACUCCUCGACUGUCAUUAGGCAGUGUGGUAAUAUGCUAUUUCUUCACAUUCAACUCGGGCAGAAGGUUUCACUUUAUUUAAGGAGUACUAAUAUCUUCUUAUUUACUAAAUAUAAAUACUCAUUGUCGGGUAAUGUUAUAUGUCUGGCAGGUGAACAGCGGCCGCUUCUACACGGUGACAUUAGGGUCUGUCCGUUAAAGUUAGAACCUUAGGCCGAGUCCAGCCAUUGAGCCCAAAACGAAACACCAAAUUAGCAUGAAAACAACUAACAGCAAGUGUGUACGGUAAAUAAGACACUGAAUUAGACGUUCACUAUCAAUAGCUUCUGAGCCUGGUUGUUGUUAUGACCGAGGGGGAGGAGGAGCGGCUGCCCCGGUAGGCUACCAGACGCUUUCCCUUCAAAAAUGUACGCCAUAUCGUCACACGGCGAAAGAGUAGCUGACCAAACACGACAGACUUCACAGUCAGACCAAACACUACGAUUCCAUUAGAAAUGUACCAACUAUUUCGGAGGUUUACUUACCUGCCGUGUGCUGAAGUGAAGAGGAGCAGCGAAAGGGGAGCGGCUAUUUCUCUCCCGCUGCCGAUCCGAGCUCGAGCUCUGGAAUCCGCUGCGGUAGCAUCGCGUAUCAUGGACGCCGACAGAAAUGGCGCUGUUUUCACAUCCAAUCUUUCUUCAACAGCGUCAAGGAAAGUGGCGACAUUCGGGUUCAAGCCGGAGGAAGGUCAUUCCUCGAUAAUAAUGACGAAACAGAGCCACAAUGGCCGCCGAGGAAAGCCAGUUUCAUUCACCGAAGGACUCCUGUAUGCGCCACCCUCCGCGUUCGUAUCUAGGCAACAAGGCAAACCUCUGCCGUCCUACUCACGUAGAUUUGAUACGUCCGCCCGAGUAUUGCAUCAGAAGCACAACUAGUGCUUUGUCACUGAAACAAUUUUUUAAGUCGAACUCGAGCAAUAUAAAAUCAACUACUGAUUAAAUAGAUAUACUGUGUGGGACUUCCGUUUAGAAAGGUGUAAGACCACAUAAAAACAAACUACUCAAAGAAAGAGGACAAAGGCAAGUCAAGCUCCAGUGUGGGGUUUGUGUGUUUAUUACUUAAACUACCAAGUGUUGAUUGGAACUUAAAAUAUUUUUUUUCCUCACAGAACUCAUAAUUGUCGUCUCUGUUCUACAGAAAUGCCACCUAAUCACUCUGUCCAAAAUGAAUUUUUACACAGACUCAUGCUUUGAAACUCCUCUAAGGAGUUUUUAUAUGGUUGUAAAAUAGACUGGAAUUGACAGCUAAGCCUCUUCAUGAACUUCAAAAUUUAACAAGAUGAUUUAACAAAUUUAUUUUAAUGCGUGUACUUACUGAAAGGGGGUAGGCAUCAAACUGGAGGAUUUACAGCAUGGGGGAGAAAUACCCUUGGUUUGGAUAUUUACAAUGGAUGACAAUUUGACUAUUAAAAGACAGCAGAAGGAUGUUUUUCCUUUUCUCUUUUUUUCUUGUCAGAAAAUAUCAUUUACAUUCUCAAAUUUUCCAAACAAGAUCAGCAAAGCCUUGAUAUAAUAACUCUGUCCACGGAGAACACCAAAAAUCACAAACAAAAAUUAGUCACAGGAGCUUUAAUCAAAGAUCCAUGAUAUAAAAGUCUAAUGCCAAAUACAACAUUUUCACAUGCCAGUGAUUUAUCAUGGGACCAGUCUUAAAUGGGUUUUCCAAUAUAUGAAUACACUGAAAUAAAUUCUUAUGUAAUUGAGGUUUUCCACUUUUGACUGUCUUUGUAGUCGCUGAUCAGGAAGUGUUGAUAUUAAACAGCCUAUCAAUGAGUCAAAAACAUUCUCAAGUGCAACAUGGUCAAAGCAGUCUUUACUUUAUACUGUGUAAACUUAAAACCGGAGAUGAUAUCAUUACCACUAUCAGUGCUGCUCCUGUUACUGCUCUACCAUGAAAAAAGUGCUCACAUUACUACAACUCAGGUGUUAUUACCAUUACUAUUUAUAGUGCCACUAAUCCUAAAGUACCACUGUAACAUGAACCAGCAGCCUCUCCCUACUCUCAAAGCCACUUGGCUAGCAAUAAGCACAAAGUAUGUGGGUGUGUACACGGGGGUGGUGCCCAUUAUUUAGCCUGACCACCUGCCCCCAAUCAUGGGUCUAUAGAGUGGCACACUUAUCCUGCCCUUUGACCCCAGGGGUUAUGACCCCCUGGCUGAGAUGAGUUGAGGCCUAUUGACCAGCUGUUUGCGCUCUGAGCUGUGUUUCCAGUGUGAAGUCUGUCUGUGUGCAUGUAAGAGCGAAAACAAAAGAGAGGGAGGGUGUGUGUGUGUGUGUGUGUGCAGUGUGAGCGAGGUAGAGUGUGUGUAUCUGACAGCUGAUGUUUGUGGCUGAUAUGUGUAGCUUUACCACAGUUCCCGGGGUCCCCCGGGGCCAGUUUGUGG